AAGUUUCAAUAGAUAACUUGAACUCUGAAGAAAGCGGUACAUGCUGCCAACAUUUUCGUACGUUGCCUCGCGUUUAAAACUGAAUGUUGUGCACCCUUACAAAUUACAAGACAACAGCGCGCGAAACAGAAAUAUAAAUGGAAACAAGCAAUUUUAUUGCAUUGAAAUAAAUAUUAUAAAAAACUCUCACGUUUUUGAACGUCCGUAGUGUGUCCAGUUGGACUGUAUUUUAGUAGGCUCGUAGAGCCACUGUGCGUUUAGGCUGGCCUAUAUGCAAAUAAAUGAUUUUUUAAGUGAUGUGUGACUUUUAUAAGUGAAUUUGAAGACCUUGGAAUACGCAAACGAAUAAAAAAAAACUUUUGAAGUGAUAUUUAUUAGGUAAAGACAAUUUUCUGACACGGAAGAGGAAGAAGUGAAGUUUUCAAGAUGAGCUUCAAUAAGAACAACCCCAACGCCAUGGGGAAGAUUAUGGGAUAUCUCAAACAGCUCUCCACCGAAAUGGGUGGAAGCGAACAAAGUCGGCGCGUGCAACCCGACGAGGAACGGUUGUACCGUUCGUCGCGUGGUCCUAAAUACGCUCGAGUUCCAUCACGGCCAACGCUUUCCGCAUCUACGACCUGCACGUCCCUCGCAACAUCCUGUGGUUCUCAAGGGACCCUUGCGCCCAACUACGCCACUAUCCCUGAGAUCGUGUCUACUGAAAGCAGCAGCGAGGACGAACAAGAUUCUUUCGAAAAAACUCGCCGGCAUUUCCAACAACUACGACAAAUCAGUCUAGGGAACGAAUUUAAAUAUAAAAUGGAGAUGGAGAUCAAGAGUGCCAAGGAAGAAAAUAUACGCAAUUCCGUGCCAUUUGUAAAACAACUAAGCACGGAAAGUAAUAAAGUUAAAACAGAUGCUAAUCUAGCAAUCAACGGAGAUGCUCUACCAUACGGACCCACCACUCAGCGACUCUAUCUGUGGACUCAGGUUUUUGCAGCUUUUGCUGUGUCAAUGGGAUCGCUUAUUGUUGGAUUCACGUCAGGCUACACAUCUCCUGCACUCCUUAGCAUGAAUGAAACGUUGUCUAUAACAAAAGAUGAGGGUAGCUGGGUCGGAGGGCUGAUGCCCUUGGCUGCUCUGGUGGGUGGCAUCGUUGGUGGUCCUUUAAUAGAAUACGUCGGACGAAAAUUAACGAUUAUGUGCAUAUCAAUACCGUUUUUCAUCGGCUGGAUGCUGAUUGCAAAUGCAGCUACCGUCACAUUGGUGUUUGCUGGAAGAGCUCUCUGUGGUAUUUGCGUUGGAGUUGGAAGCCUCGCUUUUCCAGUUUAUGUUGGAGAAACAAUACAACCUGAAGUACGUGGCGCAUUAGGACUUUUACCAACAGCGUUCGGUAAUAUUGGAAUUCUGCUCGCAUUUUUUGCUGGAAAUUUUCUGAACUGGUCAAAUUUAGCUUUUCUCGGCGCAGCAUUGCCAGUUCCAGUAUUUUUGUUAAUGAUUAUCGCCCCCGAGACACCAAGAUGGUAUGUUUCAAAAGGCCGUGCUGAUGACGCUCGAAAAUCUCUACAAUGGUUACGAGGAAAGAAUGUGGAUACUGAAAAGGAGAUGAGAGACCUCAUGCGGUCGCAAACUGAAUCGGAUCUCACAAAAGGAAGCAAUACGCUUGGUCAGUUAUUUUCAAAGAAAUACCUACCAGCAGUAUUGAUAUCGCUAGGUCUUAUGUUAUUCCAACAGUUGAGUGGUAUUAACGCCGUAAUUUUUUAUGCAUCUGAACUUUUCAUAAUGGCCGGCAGUUCUUUAGACAAGGACAUGUGUAGUAUCAUAAUUGGUGUAGUAAACUUUGUGUCAACAUUUAUUGCAACUGCCAUUAUUGACCGUUUAGGAAGAAAAAUGCUACUUUACAUUUCAUCCAUUUCAAUGAUUACAACUUUAACUGUGCUAGGAUCUUAUCUGUAUAUUAGAGAUAUGAAGGUCGAUGUUAGUAGCUACGGAUGGUUGCCACUGGCCUGCCUGAUGAUAUAUGUACUGGGUUUCUCUAUCGGGUUUGGUCCCAUUCCGUGGUUGAUGUUGGGUGAAAUCUUACCGUCCAGAAUUCGAGGGACAGCUGCAUCACUGGCUACCGGCCUAAACUUUGCAUGCACAUUCAUAAUUACUACUUCAUUCCACAAAAUUGUACAAUUGAUUAACAUGUCCGGAGCGAUGUGGUUAUAUUCUGUAGUAUGUAUAGUUGGACUACUGUUCGUGAUAUUUUUCGUGCCUGAGACUAAGGGCAAGAGCUUAGAGGAAAUUGAAAAGAAAUUGACGGGUGGUUCGCGGAGAGUUCGUAGCAUCAGCAGCAAUAAGCCAACUAUCAAUAGCUGUUAGAUACAAAAUUACAGCGCAUUAAAUGCGUUGCGCAAUACAUUCCAGGAUGCAGUGGUUGCAUGUCCUACCCUACUCGCGGAAACGUAUAGAUAGGCAAUUAGGAAGGCUUUGUGGGAUUUGUGUGGCACGCUGAUUAUUCACCGUGCACUUUGAAGACUGAUUUGGAUUGUAUUCAUAGAAUAAAAGUUUGUAAAUAUAGAAAGUCAAUAGAAUAAUAUCUAAGUGAUAAAUAGUUCCUUCCUAUUGUAAUAUUAUAUAUUCUUAGUAAAAUAAAUAUUGUUUAAACUUUUGAAGUAUAGUCAAAUGUCGUGAACAUUUAGAUAACUUAUCGGCCCAGUACUUUUUGGCAGGCGCACAUUAAGAAAAAUAAAUUAUUUACUUAUUUUGAUAAUUUCAUUUGUAUAGCUAGUUUCCAAUAAUAUAUUUAAAAAGGUGAUCUGUGUAAGUAGUAUACAACUAAAUAUAUUCAUAUUUGAAUAUACUUAAUAUCAUGACAAAUAUAUUUAUUCCAAUUAUUAUAUUUUGUGAUUUAGUCAUUAGUUUAGCUUAGUAGCAAAAUCGUUAGGCUAAGAACUUAAUGAAAAAUGACUUCGUAUAUUACGGACGUCAUUCUUAUUUAAUUUGUUAUAUUAUUUCAAUAUAAAAUAUAAAAGUAA